AUGGACGCCCCAAAACAAAAUCAUGAUGACGGUCCUACGCUGAAGACACGCUCCGAUGGCCCAAAGGCAGAGCCUGAAGAAACGGCUCCCUCCCGUGUCCAAGUGUUCGUUCUCCCUGCCGAUGGAACCUCCCCCGUACAGAAGUUCCGGCCUGUCAUCAACCCGUCUAGCGAAACGUCCUCGGGCCCCGCUAGACGCGACGACACAACUCAAGCAAAUGCGAAUGACCACGUGGUGACCAACUCCCAACUCACGCUACCUGACCCUUGUCACGGACACUGGCCCGCGGACGCCUGGGAAAAACGAGGCGUAUUCGGAGGAGGUUUCUUCCACUUCUUAGUCACGCAUCUGGAUGAAGGGUUGCAUCCCAAUCCGUGGACGAAGGGGAUAUUCUUCGGCGAUGUCUUUGUCCUGGUUUUUUUCGGCACCACGGGUUCACCGGUACUUAAGGACAUUUUCCCCAAGGCCGAGGCCACGCCAGAGCUAGAGUCGGCCCUUUUGCAGCUUGUCCCUGCCUCCUUUUCGGCUUGA